UAUAUCAGGUUGAUAUCGUAGCCGUCCAAUUCCUAUCUUAUUUGAUAACAAUUGGCAAACCUCUAAGCCCCAAACCCACUUUCUCUAGCCAUGGUUUUCCAGGCACCGAAGCUCCGUAUCAUCUACUUGUUAAUAAGCAUUUUCCUCUUGCUCAUAAACCCUUGUGCAACUCAGAUAUUCUUCAAUUACACCGAUUUCAGUCAAACAAUCAAAAACAAAACUAUAAUCCGAACAGGAAACGCUACGAUAUCAGGUUCAGGGAUCCAACUCACGCCAGAUGAAGUGGACAACUGGGGUCGAGCCACAUAUUCAAAGCAGAUGCAUCUUUGGGACGAGAAAUCAGGAAAAGUGGCCAGCUUCACUUCCAACUUCUCCUUCAUCAUCGAUUCUCAAGGUAAAGACAGAUAUUCAGAUGGGAUCACGUUCUUCCUCUCAACCCCAAAUUUCCCUCCUCCUAGACCAACAGAUGGCGCCGGCCUCGGCCUUGUGAGCCGCAAUCAAAUGGGACAACCCAUGUUCCUGGCUGCAAAUAAAUUUGUUGCAGUGGAGUUUGAUACAUUUCAAAAUGUAGAAUUUGAUCUGCCGAAUUCAGUUAGUGAACAUGUUGGUAUCAAUAUCAACAACAUGAUGUCUCAGAUCUCUACACCAUGGUAUUGUACUAUUAAGGAGAAUAGAACAUAUAGUGCAAGUAUCAAUUACAAUUCUAGUACGCAAAAUUUAAGCGUUACCUUCACUGGUUUCAAUUAUGAUAACACCACUAUUCAACAGCACCUUUCUUUGGUAAUUAAUUUGACAGAUCAUUUACCAGAAUCGGUUGAAUUUGGGUUCUCAGCUUCGACAGGAUUGAUUUCUGAGUUGCAUAUUCUUUCCACUUGGUCUUUUGAAUCGACAGCACCUUCUACGAUUCAGCAAUCGCCAGCACCUUCUGUGGAGAAGAAUAAAGAUGAGCCAAAGACAAAAUUGGUGGUGGGCCUGAGUUUAGGUGCAUGCAUUUUUAUUAUUGGUUUGGUGUUGGUUUGCUUUGUGUAUAGGAAAAAGUGUCGUGAAGGGAAAGGAGAAAAAGAAGAGGAGUUUGGCUUUGAUCUUUCAAUGGAUGAUGUAUUCGAACGAGGUAUUGGACCAAAGAAGUUUUCUUACAACGAAUUAGUUUCUGCAACGAGCAACUUUGCAGAGGAAAAUAAGCUUGGACAAGGAGGGUUUGGUCGGGUUUAUAAAGGAUAUUUAAAGGCCAUAAAUUCCUAUGUUGCUAUUAAGAGAGUUUCAGGGGGAUCUGCACAAGGGAUAAAGGAGUAUAUAUCUGAGGUGAGGAUUAUUGGUCAACUCAGGCAUAGGAAUUUGGUUCAACUAAUUGGUUGGUGCCACGAGAAAGAUGAACUUCUUCUAAUUUAUGAGUUUAUGUCAAAUGGCAGCUUAGAUUUGCAUCUUUUCAAAGGUAAAAGCUUGUUAACAUGGGUGGAGAGGUACAAUAUUGCUCGAGGCCUGGCAUCAGCACUGCAAUACUUGCAUGAAGAAUGGGAACAAUGCGUGUUGCAUAGGGACAUAAAGUCAAGCAACAUCUUGUUGGAUUCAAAGUUAAAUGCAAAGCUUGGGGAUUUUGGCUUAGCUAGACUCGUGGACCAUGUAAAAGGAUCACAAACCACAGCUUUGGCCGGGACCUGGGGUUAUUUGGCCCCUGAAUGUAUUAUGUCGGGCAGGGCUAGCAAGGAGACAGAUGUAUAUAGUUUCGGGAUUGUAGUAUUGGAGAUAGCCUGUGGAAGAAAACCAGCUGAACCCAAUGCAAAACAAGAUGAAAUUAUUAUGUUAGAGUGGCUUUGGGAGCUUUAUGGAGCAAGGGAUCUUCUUAAGGCAGCUGACCCUAGAUUGGGUGGAGAUUUUGAUCAAACGCAAAUGGAACGGUUGAUGGUUGUUGGACUUUGGUGUGCUCAUCCAGAUUACAAUGCCAGACCGUCAAUAAGAAAAGCCAUUCAUGUGCUUGAUUUUGAAGUUACAUUACCCAUUCUCGAGCCAAAGUUGCCUUUGACAGCCUUUCUUACCCUUCCAAGUUCUGCAUCAACAUCUUCAACUAGUAAAUCAGAAAACCACGAUGCUUAGUCAUCUAGCCCUAUCAGAGGUCAAAGCAUCAAGACUCAGGGCAAGAAGAGGCCGAGCAGAUCAGUGAAGAUGUACAUGGCUAAGCUACUUGUAGUUUUAGUCUAUGUAUUGUAUAUAGCUUAAAUUGUGUGUAGUUUAGUUAGUCUUCUAAAUAGUUUAGUGAUGCAUGUGACUGUGCACGUGUGAGCUUUUAGUUUUUCUGUUAAGAAGCUGUUAUAGUUGUUAAGUUAGUUACUUAGCCUCUGAUUUUAUAUAAGGAUCAAUCCCGUGUAUCAUUAAGCAAGUUAAUGAGAAUUUCAUUCUUAGCAAA